AUGGCGCCCGCUGCCCACGUGGGGCUCCGCGCCGCGCCGCGCCGCGCCGGUCGUCCCAAAGGCGCACUUCCUGCUUCGCGCCGCCUGGACGCGCCCGUCGCCGUGGCGAUGCUGCGCCCCGCAGCCGCGCUGCGCACUGCGGGUGGCGUCCGGCCGCAUCUUCAGGCGCUGGCCGCGGGCCUGGGCCCGGCCCCGGGGCGAGGACGCUGGCUGCCGGGGGGCGGCGUCCGCUGGGCGGCGGACGCUGAUUCGUCGAGGCGCCCCGCACCCUCGAGUAGAUACGUAUUGAAAUAUGUUAUUAAUUUUAAAGUAGCAAAUUCGAAGCUGUAUGAACAAGUUGGAAUCGACAAAAAGGGCCGAAGUGAACGAGAUAGCGCGUCCCGGCAUUACAAGCGAGGGUGGACUCAAACUGAAGGCCAAGGUCCAAUGCGUUGCUUACAAAGUAGCCGAAAAAAGGUUCGAAUAAAGGAAUUCAUGCAAAAGAAGCAUUCACUAUAUUUCCAAGGAACUACGCUAAAAGAUCAAAAAGCACAAAUUGUUUCUGCAACAGUUUCGCAGUUCUCGCGUAAAGCAAAGUCUACUAUUCCCGUGUACGUUUGUAAACUCGUACUGCGAGCGCUCGCGCCCGCCGUCACUCCAGAUGAGCAUCGCGCCGCGCCGCGUCGCGCAGUCUGCGGCAGGCGGCGCGCGAGGAGGCCCAUGACAACGAGAUGCGCGCGCAGAGGGGGCUCAUCACGGAAGCAGCCAGCAGGGGGAAAUGGCAGCUUCUAGAGAUCUUCCAACGAUAUUCUUCGAAAUAUACUAAACAUUUCCCUAGAAUGGAAAAUCGAGUGUGAUCUAAACGUACAACAGCAGGUGAAUGCAAUUUUAUUGUGGUUGUUAUUUGUUCCAUGUCUUUACUACUUGAGCAUUGAUCUAUUUUGUAAACUUGUGUUGUUAUAAUUUGUCGAAAAUAUUCAAUAAAUUACUGACUUGUU